AUGAAUGGUGGUCUUAUCGAUGCCACCAGCUGUCCAACACAAAUGUUCUUUGUCCAUUGUCUUGCAGUCAUUGAGUCGGGCUUCCUGGCUUCUAUAGCAUGUGACCGAUUUAUGACCAUCUGUUUCCCACUGAGAUACAAUGCUGUCCUCACCUACUCGCUACUGGAGAAGAUUGCACUUCUCAUUCUGGCCGGAGCCAUUGUGGUCAUCUCCAUUCCAGUUCAAGUAGGACAUCUGAAGACCUGUGGUGACAACAUUGUCUUACAUUCGUACUCUGAUCACAUGGCCGUGGUCAACGUGGCGUGUGGAGACACAAGGACUGACAAUGUUUAUGGAUUAGCACUUUCACUUUCCAUCACCGGGUUUGACCUGCUCUUCAUUGGACUGUCCUACGCCACAAUCUUACGAGACGUCUUCAAGAUGUCCUCCAGGGAGGCACAAAGCGGUAGGAAUGUGUGGCUCCCAUAUCUGUGUUUUCAUCAUUGCCUACCUACUGGGAAUCUUCUAUGUCAUCACUUAUAG